UUGAAUGUUUUCACGUAUGCUUACACGUCUUCCUCAUAACCUUUCACACUUAUUAUGCACAAAAUUCAAAUUUCUCAUUCAUCUUCUCUGACACAUUUUCCAUUACUACUUUACCUUCCAUUGGAGAGCACCACAUUUUCUCUCUCUCUCUUUCUCUCCCUUCCUCCAAUGAUGAAGAACUCAACAACAACAACAACAAAAACAACCACCCUUUUUGUCAUUUUGCUCUUUCUCCAUUCCUCACUUGCUCUCAAGGAGGGACAAAUAUGCUUAGCAGAUAAAAACUGUGAUUCUGGUUUACACUGUGAAACGUGUGUGGCUAAUGGAAACUUGCGACCAAGGUGCACUCGUACACAACCAGUUAACCCUACUUCAAAGGUGAAAGGGUUGCCAUUUAAUCGGUAUUCAUGGUUAACAACACAUAAUUCAUUUGCACUUUUGGGUCAGAAAUCAGCAACAGGGUCUGUGAUUCUUGCUCCCACCAAUCAGCAAGAUACCAUUACCUCUCAGCUUAAUAAUGGUGUACGAGGAUUGAUGCUCGACUUGUAUGACUUCGAGAAUGAUGUUUGGCUGUGUCACUCAUUUGGUGGCCAGUGUUUCAACUAUACAGCUUUUCAACCUGCCAUCAAUGUUCUCAAAGAGAUCCAAGCAUUUCUCGAAGCAAAUCCAUCGGAGAUUGUUACUAUCAUUAUCGAAGAUUACGUUACUUCGCCAAAAGGCCUAACAAAGGUCUUUAACGCUGCUGGUCUGAGAAAGUACUGGUUUCCCGUAUCUCGAAUGCCAAAAAAUGGUGGAGACUGGCCAACAGUAGAUGAUAUGGUCCAGAAGAACCAACGUUUAGUAGUCUUCACUUCAAAAUCAGCUAAGGAAGCUUCCGAAGGGAUAGCCUAUGAAUGGCGAUAUUUAGUAGAAAACCAAUAUGGAAAUUCAAAUGGAGGAAUGAAGGCCGGUUCGUGUCCAAAUCGCGCAGAAUCACCGUCUAUGAACACAACAUCUAGAUCGUUAGUCCUAGUGAACUACUUUCGAGAUCUUCCAGAUGAAACUCAAUCUUGCAAGGACAAUUCAGCUCCUUUGCUUAACAUGGUUAACACUUGCUAUCAAGCAGCCGGAAAACGUUGGGCUAAUUUCAUUGCUGUUGAUUUCUACAAGAGGAGUGAUGGAGGUGGAGCUCCAGAAGCAGUUGAUGUAGCGAAUGGUCAUCUAGUAUGUGGAUGUGGAAACAUAGCCUCCUGCAAGGCUAACAUGACAUUCGGAGCAUCAUGUCAGUUGCCUGAGGCUGAACUAGCUCCAGCCCGUGAAGCAGCACAGGAAUCCAGCUUUAGCAUUCUAAAUUGCAAGCCAGCUAGUUUAUUGUUGUCUUUUGCCAUUACACUUUUGGCCAUGCUCUUGGCAUUGUGAAAGGAUUUGGAUUUGGUGUAGUAACUCAGUCACGCAGCUUUCCAUCGCAACCAUUUGAUCUUAAAUUAUCUCGCUUUUUCCACUGCAGAGAAUCUGGGUCCUUGUUAUAGUAAAACUGAUUAUGCGAUAAGACACUGCUUGUUUAGAAUAAUAUAGAUGAUUUUGUGUAGUGGCUUUUUGUUUUAUUGUUUAAUGUAGGAGUGAGAUUUGAAAGCUGUAAUUUAUUUAUUUUUUUCUUUGGUGCAAAUUGUAUUUGUAAUUUUAUAGUCUGGUUAGGAGUGAAUUCAACUGUCUCAUUAACCUGAUACUAUUCUGAAAUUGUUAAUGUGGUGAGUGAUAUGGUAUUUUAUUU